AAAAUAAAUACUACUACAAGUCAAACAAAAGAUUAGUUAAGUAUAAGAUAAUGAGAUUAACAAACGUUAUAACAGUACUAACUGCGGCAGUCAUGAUUGCUGCAGAACUGGAUUACAUGACGAAGAUGUUAAAGUGCUUACCAGAUGUGUAUGAAAAAUACAACGUGCUAGAGAAGGCUAAUGGUAAUAUUUAUAUAACUCCGAAAGAAGAAAGAGAUAUGGAUCGCUAUGGUACGGACGCAAGACUAUAUUAUUGCUUUCGUAAAGUUAGAGCUAAUUGCUCAGUGGUGAGCAUGGGCCCGAACGAACAGUACAUGGACAAAAGGUUCGGCAGUGAUGAUUCUGAGAGCUCUAUGGAGUACUUGCCAGGUUCGGCCACGGGCAGUGGUCUCUACUCAAUGAAUAUGAGGCGGUCAAAUGUACAAUAUGAUUUCUUGACAUCUGGUAGUGCUGCACCGCUGUCCCUGGACUACCAGAGACCUGACAUACUUUUGAAAACCUCUCAAUAUAAAAGUGAAAAGGAUGCCACUGCGAUUGAUGGAUUAUUGGCCAAGGUGGACAUAGCCCUUGUGAAGUCUAGUGAAGACUCCCUUGGUAGGACCCAAUACUUAGCUACCCGUUUGGACGAUGGGGCUGGUAAGUGGUUAGCCCUCUACCUCAGCAGAAUCGGUGGUGUUGCUUUCUUGGGCUACGAGGCGCUCAAAAAAGAGCUCCGGAAACAAUUUUACCCACCAGACCACGGCCAAAAGUGUCACCAGGACUAUAGUGACCUCAAGCAGACUGGUUCAAUUCGGGCUUACGUUGAGAAAUUUUCCUAUCUUCUUAACCAGCUCCCAUCAGUCUACCAAGCUGUUACGCUUGAUCACCUUGUGUGUGGUCUUAAAGCCCAAAUGAAGUAACAUACCUACAUUACUGGUAAAAAGAACUUUAGAGAGCUUACGCAACACUUGUUCAUACUUGAUGAACCCACUUGGACUAUGCCCCAGACACCAAAGGUCAUGAAGCAUCCCGCGGGAAGCUAUCCUAGUGACACCAACGCUCUCCAGAAGAGAACCGAUCGCAAAUGAAACACUUGGCCACAGACAAGCCACUCUUUGAACAGCGUACAACACCGUUAAGAGGGGUCCGCUAACUCCACAGCAAACCACACCUGUUUUGUGUAUGGAAGAGACAUUAAACCGCUGAUUAAGCUACCGGGUCUCCGCACACCAUUUUUGUCAAAACCUUUUUAUCCUUUAUCUACAGUUGAUUUUUUUAUUACUACUUUCCAGAAAACACAAAAAUCUAAAAAAAAAG